AUGACGCAGGGUGCUGUGAAGCUAAUGCGCAAAGCCGCUUGUCAGUCGAGACGGUCAGCGCCACUUGACCGCCUCUUGCACGUCGCUCACUGGGGUAGAGGCUCGGUAGGUAGCGGCAAGAGUGCUGAUCGCGGCAUUGCCUUGGAGGCGUGGCCGCUUCUCACAGGUGUCCUGAAGCCAGGGAGUACAGGAUCUCGGUACUGUAAUUCAAAGAUGAAAGCCAUUCAGUGUCAGCAAACCAAGACAAUGCUGGCUGCCCUAAGCAACAGUACUAGGAAUUCGACUCACUGUGUUGUUAUCCCGCAGCCCGGUAUCGAUGGCAAUGGCUCGCAACGUGGCGGCGUGACCCGCGGAGACCCCCUUGCCCCCAUACCUAUCUCGCAGUCGGGUAAUACACGCUUGAAAGGACCCAAACAGGGAAAGAAGGGCUCUUUGGCCUGUAUUACAGCAAGUACCAAGGUUGGCAGGGGCGUAUAA